CUCGCUGGUGUGUGUGGAUGCCAGUUUGAGAAUCUUGAAACUGCCUGUCCACGUGGUCACCUGGAUUUUUUUUUUAGUUCUGCCCCUUCCGUGUUGUGGCUCUUGCAGGUUUCCAGCUUGGAGCUCUGGUCCUGGUUGAGAGGACCGGCAGGUUUGGAGAGGUCAGAACAGCUGUGGAGAACCAGCCGAGGCAGAAAACAGUUUGUUGCCUUUUAGGCAGGGCCCUGGGGCUGGGGCUGGGGCUGGGAGGGUUAGAAUGCCAAAAUGCAAAGCAAAAUUUCUAUUAAAAGUAGCUGGGCGGUGUAUGACCACAUUCAGACUUCUUGCAAAUGUUCCCUUUUCAUGCUAAAUUUUGGCUAGGGGUUCAUUUGAAAAAGCAACAAAUUGUUCUUUGUUUUGAACAUUCUAGUGAAACCAUGUGCGACUUCCUCUUUGCGCUUGCUGACCUCAGGCCCCUCCAGGCCCUCUGGUCCCGGGAAGGAUUCACGCAGAGGCAGAUCCAAGAUGCCUGGGCGGUUUUCAAAGGCAAGUUCAAGGAAGGGGACAAAGCCGAGCCGGCCACUUGGAAGACGAGGCUCCGCUGCGCCUUGAACAAGAGCCCAGAUUUUGAGGAAGUGACAGACCGGUCCCAGCUGGACAUUUCUGAGCCCUACAAAGUGUACCGCAUCGUGCCCGAGGAGGAGCAAAAAUGCAGACUAGGCGUGGCGACUCCCGGCGGCGUGAGCGAGAUGGCCGAGAUGGAGCGCGGGCGGCCCGAGAUGGACGAGCUCGUCAGGGAGCCGUCUGUGGACGACUACAUGGGGAUCGUCAAGCGGAGCCCCUCCCCGCCCGACGCGUGCCGGAGCCAGCUGCUCCCGGAGUGUUGGAUGCAGCAGCCCAGCGCAGGCUUGCCACUGGUGACGGGCUACACCGCCUACGACACACACCAGUCAGCCUUCUCGCAGAUGGUCAUCAGCUUCUACUACGGCGGCAAGCUGGUGGGCCAGACCGCCACCACCUGCCCUGAGGGCUGCCGCCUGUCCCUGGGCCAGCCGGGCCUGCCGGGCGCCAAGCUGUACGGGCCCGAGGGCCUGGAGCUCGUGCGCUUCCCGCCGGCGGACGCCAUCCCCAGCGAGCGGCAGCGGCAGGUGACGCGGAAGCUCUUCGGGCACCUGGAGCGCGGGGUCCUGCUGCACAGUAGCCGCCAGGGCGUGCUGGUCAAGCGGCUGUGCCAGGGCCGCGUGUUCUGCAGCGGCAACGCCGUGCUCUGCAAGGACCGGCCCAACAAGCUGGAGCGUGACGAGGUGGUCAAGGUCUUCGACACCAGCCAGUUCUUCCGAGAGCUGCAGCACUUCUAUAACAACCAGGGCCGGCUCCCGGACAGCAGGGUCGUGCUCUGCUUCGGAGAAGAGUUUCCGGAUCUGACCCCCCUACGCUCCAAACUCAUCCUGGUGCAGAUCGAGCAGCUGUACGUGCGGCAGCUGGUGGAGGAGGCCAGCAGGAGCUGUGGCGGCGGCUCCCUGGCGCAGGCUCCCGAGGAGCCCCAGCUGGACCAGGUCUUCCGGAUGUUUCCAGACGUGUGCACCUCACACCAGAGACCCUUCUUCAGAGAAAACCAACAGAUCACGGUGUAGCCUGUUUCGGGGGGCGCGCCGUCUGGCCCCGUCUCACGCCUCGUUCCUACAGUUACUGUCAGUAUUUAAGGGUGUGGAUGCCCGUGACUGGGGCAGGAUGCUUCGCGGAGCUCCUGGUUCAGUAGGGGCGUCCCUGAGCACUGGACGCUGACGCCCCCGCGGGAGGAGUGCGACGGGACUCUUAAGCGUGGAAAUGUGCCCCAGACAACCCGGGUGCUGUCCCUGUGACCUGGGAUUCAGACGUGGGCUUCCCGUACCCCCCAGUUACCGUGCGUGGCGGGUGCCUUCAGCGUCUAGGGAUAGGCCCACGCCUGGGCCUUCAGUUUUACCAGCACGUAACUGCUUCCAGGAAGAGAUGUGGGGACGAGGCUGCUUUUGUCUUUUCCCUUGUGUUACCGCGAUAGACUCGUGUUUCCAACGCUUGACUCAAUGUGGAGGGUCUUUACUUUUUACGCCAGUUCAUAAGAUGUAGAAAUACUUAGGUAACAGCCUCGCUUCCACAGGUGACAGCAAGACGCCAGGCGUGUUAGGGGGGACGGGCACGAGGCCUAGGAUUUGCCCCCGGCAGGCUUGUCCCCGCCGGAGGGCCUGGUGUGUUCCAGAAUGUUCCCUGUGGGCCUUCCUGCCAAGUGGCUUAGGUUUUCAUUUCUGUAAUUAAAUCAUUCCCAGAGCCCUUGCUCUUUCCUUCUUUCUAAAUGGUUUUGACCGGUCUUCAAAAUACACACAUUUUACUUGUCCUGUUGUAAACCGCUUUGAAUUUUCUUCUUUCUUACAAAGUGAGCUAUAAACCACAGACUGCAAAAGUAAC